AUGGCGCCCGGAAUACUGGCAACACCAGAAGCACAAACAACAAAUAUCGUGCCAAAGCAUGUAUUUCCCGAGAAUGCCGACAGUGCAGAAUACGCAAGAAGUCUCGAUGCAUCAGAUCCUCUCAGGGAGUUCCGCAACAAAUACAUCAUCCCGUCCAAAGCAUCCUUAAGAUCAACGGCACUGCCCAAACCAGCACCAAGCGAUGACGACGAAGAGGGGAUCUACUUUUGCGGAAACUCUCUAGGCCUACAACCAAAAUGCAUGUCGAAGUACAUCCAAGCACAGCUCGACACAUGGUCGUCGAUAAAUGUCUACGGCCACUUUCGAGAGAUGGAAAACUCGCCCUUGACGCCCUGGCAGUCGCUGGCGGAAUUCGCCGCUGAGAAGUCGAGUCGCAUUGUUGGGGCUUUAAAGGAGGAAGUGGCGAUUGAGAACACUUUGAGUGUCAAUUUACAUUUGUUGAUGGCUUCCUUCUAUCGACCGACGCCGAAGAAGAAUAAGAUCCUGCUGGAGUGGAAGGCAUUUCCUAGUGAUCAUUACGCGAUCGAAUCUCAGAUCUCAUGGCACGGCUAUGACCCUAAAGCAGCUAUGAUCCUGGUCGACCCAGACCAGGACCACAUCAUCUCGACGGAGAAAAUCCUGGCGACCAUCGACAAGUACGCCGAGGAAAUCGCCCUAGUACUACUCCCCGCAGUCCAGUAUUACAGUGGUCAGUUCUUGGAUAUCCCUCGCAUUACCAGUCAUGCCCACUCCAAGGGUCUGACCAUCGGAUGGGACCUUGCUCACGCUGCCGGCAAUGUUCCGCUGAAGCUACACGAUUGGAACGUCGAUUUCGCCGCGUGGUGCACGUACAAGUAUAUGAACGCUGGACCUGGCGCCAUUGCUGGACUUUUUGUUCAUGAAAAGCACGGCAAAGUCGAGUAUCCGCAUGGCGAGGACAAGCCAGUCUUCAGACAUCGCUUGACGGGCUGGUAUGGUGGAGACAAGACCUCGCGAUUUCAGAUGGACAACAAAUUCAGACCCAUUCCUGGUGCAGGUGGCUUCCAGAUCUCAAACCCUUCCGCAAUCGACCUGGCCUCGCUAUGUGCCGCCUUAUCGGUCAUCAACGAGACUUCGAUCGAACAGCUCCGUGAGAAAUCGUUGAAGCUGACGGCUUACCUACAAUACCUUCUCCUCAAAGACACGCCCUCAGAUGACUCAAAGCGACCAUUCCGAAUCAUCACACCACUCGAACCUUCCCAACGUGGCGCUCAAUUGAGUGUUCUGCUCAAGCCCGGUCUAUUGGAAAACGUCAGUGAAGCUCUACAGGCUGCGGGUAUAGUCGCGGACCAGAGGAAGCCGGAUGUUAUUCGUGUUGCGCCUGUGCCGUUAUAUAAUACUUAUCACGAUGUUUGGCAGUUUGUGCAGGUAUUACGGAAAGCUGUCGAUGCGUGA